GUAUAGCUUGACGAAUACAGGAUCUAUCAUAUUGUAUUUGUACUAUAACAAAAACACUGCAGGAAGGCAAUACCAACACUACGGGUACUUAGCUCAUUACACCUUAUACGUUUAAUGGAAUGCUAUCAACUGAUGGAAACAUGUCGCCCCAACUACAACAACAUUCCAACGAAUUCAGCUCUUGGCCAGCUUCUUCCUUAAGCGAAACUUUUUCCACGAUGGGUGCUUUUAGUUGUAUUCCUUCCCCUCAAAACCAAGACGUUGGCAUCUCGGACUACUGUAAAUCCGAACACGACGCUCUACGGUCUCACUUGGCAGAAAUUUCCCGAACGUUGAAUAAUUUGAAAAGCUCCAAUGACGUCAGUCCCGACAUUCGAAAGCUAGAAGUUAGGUUAAAAGCGAUUCAGAGAAUGACGGCUCAACAAACGGAUCGAAGUCUUGCAUUGAAGAAAGAGGUCGGCGACAAUGAUGCUGCUAACAAGAGAGCAAACACUGACUUGACUCAGAAAGUUGAGGAAAUUGCCCGAGAAAUUGCUCAAAUUAAAGAAAAACAAAAUGAACUUGAAAGGCAAAUUGAAUCCACAAGUAGCAGCAGAGAGCAAAUGGCACCAGAAAAUUUGUCGCAAAUGGUGGAUGCUUUUGAGCGUCAGCUUGGUAUGUAUUACGUCAGAAUCGCCGAUAUGGAUCAGCGGUUUCAGGUCAUUGAAACUACAAGUUACUCAGGCGUCGUCAUUUGGAAAAUUCGGGAUUUUUCUCGUCGCAAGAGGGAGGCAGUAAGCGGUCGAACGUUGUCUCUAUACAGUCAACCAUUUUACACGAGUCGUUACGGAUACAAGAUGUGCGCUCGCGUUUAUCUCAAUGGAGAUGGAAUGGGCAAAGGAACACAUAUGUCGCUUUUUUUCGUGGUCAUGAAAGGAGAAUACGACGCACUACUACCCUGGCCGUUCAGACAAAAGGUAACACUGAUGCUACUGGACCAAGGAAUGGACCGACGUCAUUUGUCCGACACAUUCAGACCGGAUCCUACGUCAUCAUCGUUCAAGAAACCAACUUCCGACAUGAACAUCGCUUCUGGAUGUCCAUUGUUCGUAGCACACAACGUCAUAGAAGGCAGUUCUUACGUCAAAGAAGACACAAUUUUCUUACGUAUUCACGUGGAUACGUCGGACCUCGAAAAUUUUUAACAGAUUUUCGAAUCUAAUCUAAUGAUUGUAAUUUUACCAUGUCUAAAACUCUUUUAUAUAUCUCGCUUCAAUUAGCAACAAAUCUUUAACAAGUUUAUUGGUUGGCUAUGUUCCAGAACCAAGAAAGCUGGGCGGCUUAUAUUUCUAUUUUAUUCUAUUCUGUAUGGGUGAGGUCUAUGAGGACCUGGGAUUUAGGCCAGACUUGGCCCAUUACCGCAACACCCUUGUACGUCCGGAAGUGACGUGCUCGCGGUAGUGAAGUUCUUUCUUCAUGUUCCGACUCUAGUGUUCCGACCAAGUUCCGUUUUCUGUCCCGAUUCUUCAUCCGUAUAUAUAGGACUCCAUCUGCAGACUAUUUCUGCGAACUCGUUCUCCGUUCCGACCAAGUCCCGUUUUCUGUACCGAGCGGCUUAUAUUUAAAUAAUAUCUUUUAAGCUGGCGUGGUUAAGGUGGUUGGAUUAGGACUUCCGUAACUUUGUCGAAUUAGUGGUCUCGUCUAUUUCUUUCUCUUGCCAUUCUCUCCAAGUUUACACCCUUUCAUAAAAAUGGUCUUGUACAUUGGGCACAACCAUUCGUAGGCUUGUCUCUUUCUUUCUCUCGCCUUUUUCUCCAAGUUGACACCCUUCUAUAAAAGUGGUUUUAUCCA